UUGUGGCUUGAUGCUUCUGUAAAUUCGUCAUUGAAUAUUUUUUCAACGGACGAUCAGAAAGUUAAAAGAACAUCAUCCAUUUCCACUUCGAUCGAUUUGUAGUAAACAAGAAUACUUUCGCUGUACCUUUACAGAUUCUUUUCUUAGCAUUCACUCUUCUUUUCCCACAUAAAAUUCAUCAUCACAAGCUGUUUUUCAUGAUCGCCGCCGAUUCGCAUCUUCGAAUCGCAAACUUAGUCCACAGACGAACCCUUAGUCCAGUACCUGCUACCAUCAACAGGCAUUUCUUACAAUUGCCCCCUUCUUGUCGUGAUUUAGGGCUUCAACUGAAGUUCAAUUUUGCUGCGGAUUUCUCGGUGUUGCAGUCAGAUCGUUGGAAGAUGAGCGGUGGAUGCUUUAGGAUGAGGACGAGGAAGAGGGAGACCAAACGGCCGAUAGUGGAGGUCGACGGCCCUGGUGAGGACGUCCUUGAUGCGGGUGCUGCCCAGGCCAAACUUCAUCCGGAGCAUCUUGUCGUUAUGGUCAAUGGGCUCAUUGGCAGUGCUGCAGAUUGGAAAUUUGCUGCUGAACAGUUUGUGAAGAUGCUUCCUGACAAAGUAAUUGUGCACCGAAGUGAAUGCAACUCUUCAAAACUAACCUUUGAUGGCGUUGAUUUGAUGGGGCAAAGGCUAGCUGAAGAGGUAUUGGCUGUUGUUAGACGUAGGCCUGAGCUGAAGAAGAUCUCCUUUGUGGCUCACUCGUUAGGUGGCCUGGUUGCGAGGUAUGCUAUUGGGGUGUUGCAUGAACAUUCUCCCAAUAAAUAUCCCUCAAGUCUUUCUGGAAAACCCUUGACUGAUCGACCAAAAAGUUCAUUGCAACACUUCGACCAGCCUUAUGAAGCUAGAAUUUCUGGAUUGGAACCCAUAAACUUUAUAACAUUCGCAACACCACAUCUUGGCUCAAGGGGAAAUAAGCAGCUCCCAUUACUUUGUGGCCUUCCUUUUCUCGAGAGGAGAGCAUCUCAGACUGCGCACAUGAUUGCUGGGAGAACAGGGAAGCAUCUAUUUCUCACAGAUAAAGACGAUGGAAAGCCACCCCUUCUCCUUCGAAUGGUUAAGGAUUCCGAUAACCUGAAGUUCAUAUCAGCAUUGUGGGCAUUUAAGCGUCGUGUGGCAUAUGCCAAUGCAAACUAUGAUCAUAUGGUUGGGUGGAGAACUUCGUCAAUCAGGCGCCAACAUGAGCUUCCAAAGUCCAAUCUUCUUGUAGCAGAUGAUAAAUAUCCACAUAUUGUCUAUGUUGAGCGAGAAACUAAAUGCAUCACUUACAACUCAGGAUGUGUUGUUGAAGACCAAACAAUUGACUUGGAAGAGGAGAUGAUUAGAGGCCUGACACAAGUACCUUGGGAGCGCGUUGAUGUUAGCUUUCACAAAAGCAGGCAACGAUAUGUUGCUCACACUACUAUCCAGGUGAAGAGCUAUUGGCUUAACUCUGAUGGUGCUGAUGUCGUUUUUCAUAUGAUAGAUAACUUCCUUCUUUAGUCCACUAUUUUGGUGCUGCCGUGAUGGGAUAUGCAAAUGCAUUUGACUGCAUUUUUGUUUUUAAUAGUUAUGUACAUUGCCACAUGUGAAGAUGGCUGUGUAUUUUUCGGUCACAAAGUGGAGAUAUAGGAGUGCAGAAUUACUGCAAUCUGUAUCCUACUAGGUUUCUUUUUUUUUUUCUUCAAAUUUUUGUAAUCAUACUUCUAAUAGCACUAAUGAAUACUUUCAUUGAGUGUUCUUCUUACAGAUAGUAUUUUGAUGUACUUGUACAAUCCUUCUUUUAUGAACCUUAGGAGUGACUUGGAAUACUUUGAUUUCUCUUGGGAAUAUUUUGUAUAAGUGUUGAUAAACUUCACCUUCAAACUCUUUGUAGAAGAUUGAAGCGUAUUGUACUUUGUUGGUUGUUUGAAUAA